GGGGGCGGCGGGAGGGAGGCUGCCACGCGGGGAGGAGGGGGCGGCCGCCCAGCCCCGGCUCCUUGCCCCGCCCGGCGCCGCCUCCGCCAUUGCUGCGAGCGGGCGCGGGCGGCGCGGAGGCUCGGAGCGCGCAGCCAGACCUGCCGGCGCCGGCGCGGGCUGCAGCCUCGGGUCCCCGCAACCAUGGUGAAGUUGGGGAACAAUUUCGCGGAGAAGGGCGCCAAGCAGUCGCUGCUGGAGGAUGGCUUCGACACCAUUCCUCUGAUGACGCCCCUCGAUGUCAAUCAACUGCAGUUCCCGCCCCCGGAUAAGGUGGUCGUGAAAACCAAGACUGAAUAUGAACCUGAGCGCAAGAAGGGGAAAGCACGUCCUCCCAAAAUCGCUGAGUUCACCGUCAGCAUCACUGAGGGUGUCACCGAGAGGUUUAAGGUCUCCGUGCUGGUCCUCUUUGCCCUGGCUUUCCUCACCUGUGUCGUCUUCCUGGUCGUCUACAAGGUGUACAAGUAUGACCGCGCCUGCCCCGACGGGUUUGUCCUCAAGAAUACCCAGUGCAUUCCAGAAGGCUUGGAGAGCUACUAUGCAGAGCAAGACUCCAGUGCCAGGGAGAAAUUCUACACGGUCAUAAACCACUACAACCUGGCAAAGCAGAGCAUCACGCGCUCCGUGUCGCCCUGGAUGUCGGUUCUGUCGGAAGAGAAGCUGUCCGAGCAGGAGACUGAAGCAGCUGAGAAAUCAGCUUAGCGGGAUGGGCAAGUUCCAUACAAUGUGUCACUUGAAGAUAACAAAGGGACUUUGAGGGACAUUUCAUUAAAUAUAAUUACCGGUAAUUUAGAGGUUACUCAUUUAUGGUGCAGUUGCUUCUGUUUGCUAAUGCUGCUUUGCAAAUAAAACUUGCUGCCGACCACCCAUGGGCAUAAAAUCAAGUGCAUAUCAGCAUUGCCUAAAGAGCUCUGACUCCACUUUUCAUGUUAAGAUCUUAAUUUAGCUCCUUUACUGGGAUUUAUUGGACGCUGUCAAAAAAUAAAAUUACGCUGGAUAUGCCAAGGGUUUGGACUUCCGAUAAAUAAUGCAUUUUCUGGAAUUGAUUUUUUUUAAGCCACCUUGCUGUCUGGAAACCUCACUCCAUAGCUAUAUCUAGAGUGAUCUCUUGGUUUGCUAAGAGCAAGAUGCACUUGACAUUUCUUCCUGUCUGCCAUUGGCUGGAGCAGUGCCGACGGUGAAGGCACACUGCAGUGAAUGGUGCCAAUUGCUGAGUGGGAAACCCCUGCAAAAAGGCAUGCUUGAUGUGUUACUGCUGCCCCCAGACGUCUCUCUGUCCCCUUUGGCUCUGGCGUGUUGAUGAGGGGGGCACUGCUGGGUGGAGACGGCCGUGGGU